CGUCAGCUGGCAGCCUGGGCUGUGCUCGCCGCUCCGGACAUAGCGCCGAGAAAAAUGCUGCUCUCCGUACCGCCAAGGGCAGGAAUCAACCCAUACAACGGCUAUAACAGCAGAAACAGCAAAAAGACCUAUGUGUCCUCCAGCCAUCAAAUGGCGCCCCCCAGUCCCAACCACAACAGUAGCAGCAACAGCAGCGGGGGCGGGGAACAGCUGAGUAAAACUAACCUGUAUAUCCGCGGCCUCCAUCCGGGGACCACAGACCAAGACCUGGUCAAGCUCUGCCAACCAUAUGGGAAGAUUGUGUCGACCAAGGCCAUCUUGGAUAAAACCACCAACAAAUGUAAAGGAUAUGGCUUUGUGGACUUCGACAGUCCGGCAGCAGCACAGAAAGCUGUUACAGCUCUGAAGUCCAGCGGGGUCCAGGCUCAGAUGGCCAAACAACAAGAGCAGGACCCCACCAACCUCUACAUCUCCAACCUGCCAGUGUCGAUGGAUGAGCAAGAGCUGGAGAGCAUGCUCAAGUCCUUUGGCCAGGUCAUCUCCACACGCAUCCUCCGCGACGCUAACGGGACCAGCCGUGGUGUGGGAUUUGCCAGAAUGGAGUCCACGGAGAAGUGCGAGGCCAUAAUUCAGCAUUUCAACGGCAAAUUCAUCAAGACUCCACCAGGAGUGCCUGUGCCCACAGAGCCCUUAUUAUGUAAGUUUGCAGACGGAGGUCAGAAGAAGAGGCAGAACCAGGGGAAGUACCUCCACAAUGGAAGGCCCUGGGCUAGAGAUGGAGAUACAGGAGGAAUGACUCUUGCGUAUGACCCCGCAGCCUUACAAAAUGGCUUCUACUCCUCACCCUACAGUCUGGCUCCAAACCGAAUGAUCGCCCAGACUUCCCUCUCACCCUACAUGCAUUCUCCCGUCUCAUCCUACCAGGUACACAGCCCGUCCUGGAUGCACCAUCAGUCGUACCUCAUGCAGCCAGCUGGUACAGUUCUUACCCCAACAAUGGAUCACGCCAUGUCCAUCCAGCCCACGUCCAUGAUGGGACCUCUCGCCCAACAGCUAAGCCACCUGUCCAUGGGAAGCACGGGCACAUAUAUUCCGGCCAACACAACUAUGCAGGGGACCUACAUCCCCCAGUACACCCCAGUGCCUCCCUCCAGUGUCCCAGUAGAGGAGAAUGGGGGUCAACAGCAACAGGUUGCCAUGGAGACUCCCGCAGAACACACAAACUACUCUUACCAACACACCAAGUAAAGCUAAGCUCCCAGCACGGUGGGGCCGGGGGCACGAGAUGAAUCCAACCAAAUAGGAUUCAGCUGAAAGAGAACUGUGCUCCAUACCAUCACCAAGCACCCGGACUUGAACAUGGAUAACAAAAGGAACGUCUGUGUGUGUGUGUGUGUGUGUGUGUGUGUGUGUGUGUGUGUGUGUGUGUAUGUCUUUUUGU